AUGGGAGACGGGAAGGCUACUGUGGUGGAUGGUGUGGAAGGAAGGUUGAGGAAUCUGAAGCUUUCAGAUGCAGAGAAGAAAAGUAUCAAGAUUGGGAAGAAACACACUUGUUCCUCUGAGGUGAGUAAGUUUCAGGCUGUGGGUAAGCUCAUGUCUGAAAAACCAGCAAAAGCAGAGUAUUUGGGUAGAGCAUUAAGUGGUGCGUGGUGCCCCUUUUCAAGAGUAGAAUGUAAGGGUUUGGGUAGAAACCAAUUUCUGUUUCGGUUUAAUGAUGAUGUGAGCAAGAACAAAGCAUUAAGGAAUGGACCUUGGAUGUUUAAUAAAGACUUACUGGUGAUGGAAGAUUUUGUGCCAAGCAAAACUAUAGAUGAGUAUGAAUUUAAGUCGAUUCCUAUAUGGAUCAGAGCUUAUGGCAUACCAAUAGGAAUGAUGAGCUCAGAAACAGGGGAAUUGGUAGGAGAGCAAAUUGGUGAAUUUUUGGAUGUUGAUUUGGACGACAAUGGAAGUGCAAUGGGUGUAUUUAUGCGUAUCAAAGUAAAGAUGGACAUAACAGUCCCUAUUAUGAGGUUCAUAACCGUAGAUGAAGAACAGGAAGAGGAGGAGGAGCAAAUAUCCGAGGAAAUGAUGGGAGCUGAAGAUAUGGAGAAAAGGAAGACGAAGAAGAAAAUUGUCUCCUUUGAGUAA